UUCAUUUAUGCAAAUCUGGCGUAUCGACGGGAAUUACCUGUGGGUACGUAAUAUCAACAUAUGCACGUCUAGUGGAAAUUGAUAAUGGUGUUUCCUUUAUGGUCAUGACAAGAGACAUGGUAAGUAAGGUUGGUGCUAUAUCUACUAGCGGGGAUAAAUAUGCAGCUGCUGUUUCGGCAGCAGGAAUUCUUGAACGUA